UCUUUCUCUAUUCCCUCUCUCUUCAGGCGAGCAGAGCAGAGCGGGACUGAGUGAGAGGAGGACAGAGACGCAGACGUGUGCAGACCAGAGCACAGCAACUCCACAGAGACAAGAGAGGAGAAGAGUUUACAAGGAGAAAACAAGAGAAAGAACAAAACAAGCUUUUUUUAACAUCAGCAAACUGUGGUGGAUAUCAUACCUACAUCAAAGUAAAUAUAGAAGAACAAAAAGGAAUUUGCUUCACAGCUUAGAGGAACAUAUUAGCAUUUAUUUUAGUUUUGUCUUCUAUUUAUACACAUAUUUCAUUAUUUUAAAGGACUUGCAAGGUGUAGCAGGACUCUUUUUUUCCUCCAGAGAAAAGGUGGACAGAGAGAAGUAAGGGUUUUGUUGAAGAAGAGCUGUCUGCAGUGGAGGUGAAUAUGCCCGUCAGAGGUAGCUGCUUUGGGGCAGGCAUGGGACAGCUUGCCCUCUGGAUGUGGGUGGGGAUGCUCUGCGCUCUGCUCGUGGGCCACAGCAGCGCCUGCCCAGCCCUUUGUACCUGCAGCGGCACCACAGUGGACUGCCAUGGACUGGGUCUCAAAACCAUGCCAAGGAAUAUCCCCCGCACCAGUGAGAGACUGGAGCUGAAUGGGAAUAACCUCACACGCAUCACCAAGAGUGACUUCGCUGGACUCAAGUACAUCCGAGUUCUGCAGCUGAUGGAGAAUCAGAUUACUGUGAUCGAGCGUGGAGCUUUUGAUGACAUGAAAGAGCUGGAGAGACUGCGGCUGAACCGUAAUCAACUGCAGCAGCUUCCUGAGUUGCUGUUUCAGAAGAACCCUGCCCUGUCUCGACUGUAA